CUCCCAUAAGUGGAUGUGUAGCUCUCCACUCAACACCACCGAGUAGUAGACGAAGAAGAACAAGAUGGCGGAACGAGGCUACAGUUUCUCUCUCACCACAUUUAGCCCCUCCGGCAAACUGGUCCAGAUUGAAUAUGCCCUGGCAGCGGUAGCAGCAGGAGCCCCUUCAGUGGGCAUCAAAGCUUCCAAUGGUGUUGUCCUGGCAACAGAGAAGAAACAGAAGUCCAUCCUGUACGAUGAACAGAGUGUCCAUAAAGUGGAGCCUAUCACUAAACACAUAGGCAUGGUCUACAGCGGCAUGGGACCUGACUACAGGGUUUUAGUGCGACGAGCCCGGAAGCUGGCACAGCAGUACUUCCUGGUUUACCAGGAGCCAAUUCCCACAGGCCAGCUUGUCCAGAGAGUGGCCUCUGUUAUGCAGGAGUACACACAAUCUGGUGGCGUGCGCCCGUUUGGUGUGUCGUUGCUGAUAGCUGGAUGGGAUGAGGACCACCCCUACUUGUUCCAGUCAGAUCCUUCUGGUGCAUACUUCGCAUGGAAAGCCACAGCGAUGGGAAAGAACUACGUUAAUGGAAAAACAUUCCUUGAGAAAAGGUAUAAUAAUGAUCUGGAACUGGAAGAUGCCAUCCACACAGCCAUCCUCACACUGAAGGAAAGUUUUGAGGGCCAGAUGACGGAGGAGAACAUCGAGGUGGGGAUCUGCAAUGAGGCUGGCUUCAAAAGACUCACCCCUGCAGAGGUGAAAGACUACCUGGCAGCCAUUGCGUGAACACCCCCUGGUGACGGAGACUUUCUGGCCACAUUUCUACACAAAGACUCAACAGCGCAGUAGCCAUCGUCUCAUUUUGUUUUAUAAACCACGGUUAUUCUGAUGUGGCCUGACCACACUGUGACAAGGACAAACUGUUUCUGCCUCUAAAACAUGGUAGGAUCUCUGCUGUAAUAUCACCAUGCUCAAGAUUAUUAAUGCAAUCUUUUGCUAUUUGCGUGCACAGCUAACACGGCUGCCACUGACAAAAUACAAAUACAAUUGACUGAACUCCAGCAUUUGACAUACACACGUUAUAAUCAUAAAUUGGCUUGUGAAAUUUGGUCAUCGGCUACUGUGCACAAUGUAAAGGAAUGUGGUCUCUGAUGAGUAAAAUCUCAAGUCUUCCACUGAAUCCUAGUUCCCUCAUGGCUCAUUUCUCAAGAGGCAAUGCCCUGGGGGUACAAUUUAAGCACUGAUGCAUUAUGCAUUUACCCCAGAAAUCUCUUUGAAGAACAGGAGAUUUAUUCAUCUUAAAUGGCCAAACGCACUAGAAAGGAGCAUAUUAACAAAAAAAAAAAAAAAGAAGAAGAAGAAUGAUAAUGAUGGGAGCAAGUGAGGAGGAUCUAAUGGAAAGAUUUGAGAUUUUACAGUCAGGAUCUGGUCGCCUGUAAGGCAGUUUUACACGAUGUACUCCCUUUUUUUUUCAAGUUGGAAACAAAUGUUUGUAUUUUCUCUUCUGGUAUCUGUCACUUAUUCCAAUAAAAGACCAUGAGUCAAUGUUGA